AUGUAUGGCCGCUGGCAUGCUGUUCACUCAGUGAAUCCUAACAUUCGAAAAGAUGAUGGAAAAGAUGCCCAGAAAAGAGUCAGUUCCCAGUUCAUCCAUGAACAAGGACACAAAGGCCCAGUGAAAAGUGGCCGUCCAAGAGGUGAAGAUCUAAGAAAGUGUGUAGCUGAAGCUGUGGAUUUUUCUUCCUCUGUACUGCCUGUCACUUGUGGUGAGGUGAAGGGAACUUUAUAUAAGGAGAAACUUGAACAAGGAGUCUCAGAGAAAUCCAUACAUCAAGAAGAUGGAAACUGGUUCACCCCCAACGAAUUUGAAAUCAGAGGAGGCUACGCGAGAUCAAAGAACUGGAAGCUGAGUGUGCGCUGUGGUGGAUGGCCUCUGCUGUGGCUGAUGAAGGAAGGAUUCCUCCCUCAUCCACCAAGAGGACGUCACUGGAUAAAAAUGAGAAAAUCAGAGUAUCACAACAAGGACUUAGCUGAGUCUUGUCUGGGGAACUCUGAUGACUGUGAGGUGUGCCGCGAUGGAGGGGACCUAUUCUGCUGUGACACUUGCUCAAGGUCCUUCCAUGAGCGCUGUCACAUUCCACCUGUGGAGAAGGAGAGGACCCCGUGGAGCUGCAUCUUCUGCAGGGUGAAGGGUUCUUCAGGAGGCCAAGCGUUUCAACAGGAAUCUGAGAUCCUGGAGAGGCAGAUGUUGCCCAAGGAACAGUUGAAAUGUGAGUUCAUCCUCUUGAAGGUCUAUUGCUGUUCAGAGAUCUCCUUUUUCGCCAACAUCCCGUAUUAUUACUAUAAUAAAGAGGUUUCUGGGGCCCUAAAGGAACCCAUGUGGCUAAAUAAAAUCAAGAAGAAACUGGAUAAGAAGAGUUAUCGCCAGGUGCAGGGAUUCGUGCAGGACAUGCGCCUCAUCUUCCACAACCACAGAGCAUCCUACAAGAACAAGGACUUUGGUCAAAUGGGACUGAGGCUGGAGUCUGAAUUUGAGAAGAAUUUCAAGGAAGUGUUUGCUAUUCAAGAAAUAAACGAGAAGAGCCCACUGAAAGGCUGUUGCCUCUCCUACUCCCGAGGGAAAACCAGUCUGUGGGUACAGGAAGAUUUGCAAACCAGUCUCUCUUUGCAACCGGCGCUGCAACACAGCCGCCGGGGACAGUGGGCCGGGCUCUCGGCCAUCCUGGCGGCGAGCGACGCAGCCUCCCCGAGGACGCGGGCAGAUGCCGACGGUUCUGGCCCAUCUGUCCCAAGAGGCCCGACCGGGCCUGCGCUCCCGCGUGCGCCCGCACCGGAGCCGGGAGAGCUCUGCGGCGCGGGGCGCCCUCGCCGGCCGGGAGCCGAGCUCUUUGUUCCCGGCCGCGCUAAUCCCGCAGCCGCGCACCGGAGGCGGAGGCCUCGCGCCCGCAGCGAGCGCUCCUCCGCCCGCCUGCCCGAGGGGUUUCAGUAA